UGCUGUAUCAUACAUUACACACGUAACAUUUCUCCCCUUGAGACAGCCGGGAUUGAAUUAAACAGCGCCGAACAUUCGAUUUGGAACAGAUUAGCUCCUCUGCGGCGCCCUAUCAAAUGAGUCGGUGCUCCAUCGUGAGGUGCUACUCAAAAAUGUGAAGGCGUUCCCUACAUCACCCACUUUGGUUUCUAAUCCUGGAUUAACCACAUGCAUCACGCUUGUGCAAAGCAGUUGCUCACGGCAUGGAAACGAGUGAAACAAAGCAUCACCCAAACGCGUCAGCUACAUGACCAUAGCCAUGGACCUAUGGAAGUUACGAUCAACAACUCCGUACUUAUAUUUCAUACUUACUUUCACCCAUUCUUGUGAUCUAGUGCCAUUUUCAAGAAUGGGGAAUUUUGCAUCUUCCACAACAGGAGGAUCAACCAGUACAGCUUGUGUGAAGUUUGUUCAUGAAUUGGUUUCACAGAAUUGCGUUGUGAUAUUUUCCAAGACCACAUGUCCAUACUGCAAAAUGGCAAAAAACGUGUUCAAUGAAAUAGGCGCCACGUACAAAGUCAUUGAACUUGAUGAACACGAUGAUGGGAGGAGAUUACAGGAGGCCUUAGCUCAGAUGACCGGUGUCAGAACGGUGCCGAGAGUCUUCAUUAACGGAAACUGUAUCGGGGGCGGCUCCGAUACCAAACAGCUCCAUCAGCAGGGCAAGUUAGUGCCGCUGAUCAAUCAGUGCGCUCCCUGCUGCGCUCCCGACUCCGAAGGCUCAGGAAGCGGACGGUUCGGAUCUGCAAAAUGACUAACCGUUCUUUUGAUCUCUUUCAGUGGUCUAUUUAUAAAUGCUGGCUAAACCUUGCGCUACAAGCUGUAUGUUGCUGUUGUUGUUGUUCUUCUUAUUUAUCCAAGUACACUUAAGACUUGAUCGUGCAACACAUUUUUCCUCCAAGAGUUGACAAUAUUCAGCUUUCACACGUUUGUUGAAGCGUCCAGCAAUGUCGCACUUCUUGUUUUAGUCGUCACCGAAAACUCCUCGGUGAUCGCGUUUUACUUUCGGACGCUGUGAAAAAGGUUCCAGGACGCGGUCUGUAUCAUGUAACAAAUGAAACAAUGCCUCUCCUAUGUGUUAUUUCGCGGGGCUCAUCAUCACAAAUAAAAUGUGAUUGCAAAAUGCAA